ACUGAUCUGCAGAACAUUUUUGGUUCCCCAAACAACACAAGCCCUCACACAGACGAUGAUUCCCAGCUGAAGCCGUGAUGGAAAGAGGUGGAGUUUGUGUCUGUGUGUGUCUUUGUCUAAAGUUGUAUGGCCCCCAUCUGUCCAAAGACAUGGGCGGAGACACUUUGAAAGUAUGUGUGUGUGUUUGGUAAGAUGGGCGGGGUCUAUAGUGGGAGUUUCAGACUUCUGAAUGAGGUCUGUAGUUUUCUUUCAGCUCUUAAACCCUCACAGCAGUGUGUGGUGGCUCACAGAUGUUUACAAACACUGGAUUAUAACUUCAACACAGACGGAUGAGGACGGAGAGACGUGGCAGCAGAAAUGAAGUUUCAUAUAGUUCGAGACACUCAGAUUCUCAAGUAGGACUGUGCGUUGCACAAGUAAAUCUACUACUACGGUAAAGCAUCUCUACACAUUUCUACUGAUAAACGUCAUCAUAUCGUCCAGUCCUAAUGAAGCAUCUCAUGUUCAAUAAAAGUCACUGCCUAAAAACAUCCAUAGACAUAAAGACUGAUGAAGAAACAUGAAGAAGUGUUUUCUGUUGCGAGCGUGUCUUCUGCUGUCUCUGUUGUGUAUCUACGUGGAGUUCAAAGACUUUUGGCUGAAGGUUUUCGGACCCCAAAAACGACCGUCGUACCUCACGCGUCACAAGAACGUUUCCAAGCCAACAUCUGCUUUGAGAGAUGCUGGAUCGACGUGUUGUCCACCAGUGAAACAUCUCAGAAAGAUUCAUCGAUGGAAAAUUAAACUCGAACCAUGGGCCACCGUAAAACACAGCCUGGAGGAAGAAGCAAACAGAUUCCUCACAUAUAUCUCUACACCAAAGGUGUCCUGUGAGAGACCCGAGUCUGGCCUGUCCAUGUUUGACAGAGAGGAUAAUGAGUCCUGGGUUCUGUGUUUGGACCGCAGAUACAGUCUGACUCAACGCAUUGUCUCUAAACAGUGCAGGGUUUACUCGCUCAGACUGGGAUCAGAAGAUGAUGGACUGGAGCGGACUUUAGCCGGUUCAGGGUGCGAGGUUCACUGUUUUGAUCCCAGUAUCAGAGGAGCUCACCUGCAGGAUUCAAACAUGUGGCUCCACAAACUCUCUGUAGACUGGCGUGAUCCAAACCCAGCGGUACCGCCACAGAGACAACACAGCAGUACCAAGAAACUCGCCACCAUCCUCAAUGACUUCGGCCAUAGACGGGUGGACGUCUUGAAGGUGGACAUGGAAAGUGCCGAAUGGAAGAUUUUAGAGAAUUUGAUUCUAGAAGAAGUAUUGGAUUCAAUCGGCCUGCUGCUUCUAGAGGUGCACCUGCACUGGGCGGGCUUCGAGGUGGGCGGAGAUGAGCCGUCUGUCGUACGCUAUUGGUUCAGCCUGCUCAGGGAAUUGGAGCGUGCUCAUUUUCUCUUGUACCACAGCUACAGUGACCCAGCGAAAGCACGUGUCUUCUUACACAGAAACUUUAAGAACACAAGCAGCUCUUACGUACUGGGCUGGGUGAACACUCAAUUUUUCUCACUAUGAUAAGAGUCACGAGCCGAGUGUUAUGCUUUAAUGGCUGCUCUGUGGAUGUGUGUCCUGUUAUAAUGGCCUACAUUAUUUUGAGAGGGAGCUUGGAGACGGGAAUUAUCUCUCUUAGAGCUCAUCGGGAGCAUCAGAUCACACGUGGGAGAACUGUGGUCGUAUCGGUCCCUGGCUGCUGUCAAACAGGGUUGGAUUAUUUUUCUAGAUUAAAGUGGAACUCUGUGGUAAAAUAAGCUUUAUUUUUUCUAUGUGGGAUUAUUUUUUGGACUUUCAUUUUCUUUCAGAUGCUGUUGUCCUAGAGUGAACAUUUCCAAUGGAUUAGAACAAAAAUAUUAUCGGAAAAUAUAAACUAAAAAAAUAAAUGGAGCUCCGCCUCUCCCUUCAGUGCUACGUGUUAUGCUGGAUUCACACCAAAUGCGGUAGAGCCGGCAAAAACACGCUAUUCGCACGUUGUUGGACGCUUGAACGUUUUGAGUUUACUCGCUUCAUUUGCACGUGAAUUCUAGUCAUUCGAGACGUCCUUCUGAAAAUUCGCGUUAUGGGAGGGGCUUCUGUGACUCCGCUCGCUUCCUUUAAUCACGUCACUACUAGAGCAAGCUCCUGAUUGGUUAACGCGCCAUGAUUUUCCGGCAAAGUUCAGAUUUUUCAACUCACGUGUUUCCCGUGGCAACGCUCAAUCCGCGCGAACUAGAUGUGCGAAUGAGGCGGAUUCGCACUAAACGCCUCACUCGCGCCGCAAGACCUCCAGACGCGCGUAAACGCGUCUUUACAUUGACUUAACAUUGAAAUCCCUCGCGCUUGAUGCCUCUACCGCGGCUGGUGUGAACGUAGCUUUAGGGUUGUGCUGAUAUACGAUACUAUCUUCUAUAGACGAUAGUCAAACAUAUGGCCAACAGUGGGCCUUCGUGACGAUAGUUGGCAUGUUUGCCCAUUAUAGUUUAAAAUUAUUAUUAUUAUUAUUAUUAUGCUUGACAUAUGCGCUUUCUCUAGAGAGGUUGGUGGGCACACAGGGGUUUAAAACCAGCGAGUGAGUUGUUCCUGCUUCCUGGUACGCAAAAAAUUACAAAGUGAAAGGGCAUCAACGAUGCACUCGGAUUAAUGGCAUCAGGUUUAAGAAGGUUGUGGUCGUGACAGUGUUGCCAAAUCAGGUUCUUUUUUGUCCACCAAUCCAGUGGCUUAUAUUUAAUAAGUAAACUAUUGCCCCGCCCCAAACAAAAUAGUGUAUCGCAAUCUCACAGGCUGACGAUAGGACGAUCUCACUAUGGGAGCAUAUCGCCCAACACUACUAAGUGUCUUACAUAUUGUUUUCAUUCAAAUGAUUGUAUAUUAUAACCUAAAGGCGGGGUGCAGGAUUUUUGAAAAAGCUUUGGAAAAGGGAAUCGGGCCGACAACCAAAUCACAGCCAAUCAGCAGCAAGGGGCGUGUCUACUAACCGACAUCAUAGCUUGGGCUGCGUAUGUGUGGGACGGGUCUAUCAAAAGCACAUCCAGAUUCUAUUGGGGUUGGGACGUGUUUGUUUAGGUGAUUUUAAAUGUCAACAUUGGCUUUCAGAAAUCAUGCACCCCGCCUUUAAGGCUGCUGAGUUGCUGCAUUUCUUUACUUCUGUUUUGCGUAUUACAGUUUUCUGGAACGUCACAUCAAAAAGCUGUUUGAUUGUUGCAUAAAGUAUAGUUAGUUUUUACCUGUAUGCUUAAAAGUACGUGCAUGGCCGGACGCAUAGCCUUGCAAAGCAUAGUUUAUGUGUACACAGAGAGACGUUCAACGCAUGCACGUUGCGACAAAAUGCAAACACGUCUCUUGGGAUACUACAUUCUCCUGUAAGUGCAUGCGCAACCUACACUUACAAAGUGUGCAUGCGGACCCUCAUGCACGUGUAAAACCAUAACUAUACUUUUAGCUUAAAAUUAAAUUAAGAAUAUUUUGUAGUAUUACUUUUUUUCUAAUUUUGGUGUUGCAUUCAAAAAAGUGUGAUUAUUUUAUUGGUUUGUAGUUUUUCCAACUCACAAAAUUAAAACUUUUUAUAAAUUACUUUUAAAGAGGCCAUUUUCAGUUUGCUUUAAAGUCUAUAUACAAGUUUCAUAUUUGACAAAAGUUUAUAUAUUUUUUUAAAACGAUAGCUCUGUGCAGAGAAUAUAUUUAUUAAGUUAUAUUCUGCAAAUGUGCCAAAUUUGCCA